AUGAGGCCGGCCAGUCCCAGCGAGCGGCCCAGCGGCCUUCAGAGCUGGAGAGGCCGGCUGGGCCAGCAGGGCCUCAUCGCGCCUUCGGGGCCAGCCCUGCUCGGGGACGGACCUCGCCUCGUACUGGAAGCUGCAGGCUACGAGCGGCGUCCUCUAGGUCCCCGCACGGUGUGCAGCACGGCCCCGGCCGCCACCGGGCAGCAGGCAGCCCAGCACGGCCGCGGGGAGGGCAAGGCUUGGGCCAGCAGUGCCCGAGAGCUGAGAGCCCAGCGGGGAGGGGUGGGAGAGCCGGGACGCGGACAAAGACACCCGUACCUGCCGGCGGAGAGGCAGGACCAAAGGAAAGCGGAUUCCACUGGACACACGUGCGGCCUGGGCGGCCGCCCCCGCAGCAACAAACAGCUGGGGAGGCGAGGCUCCCGGCCGAGCACAGAGGUCCCCCUAAACUCCAGGCCCAGGCAAACCCCUAACUCACUUGUGUUCACUGUGACAUGCCCUCCUUCCCGCCACAUCUGUGCGUGGGCCGUGAGGAAAGGCCAGGGCACCGGGAGGCGAGGGUAUCUUCGGUGGCGCGGGCAGCCAGCCUGGACCAGGCUCCAGGGCAGAGGGCGCAGGGCACGCAGUGGACGCUGCCGAGGGGACGGGGAUGCAGGUCCUGAUGCUGGGUGGUCAGGCCGCCUUCAGGCCCUCUGCUCGAUUCCCACUGGCUCCAGAGAGGAGGCCUGGAAGCGCAGCGGCCGGGAACCGGAGGGCACCACAUGGACAGCACCGCGGAAGGCCAGCAAAGCUGCCUCGCGCGGGGCUCCCGGGAUUGAACUCACGGGGACCGCGGAGACCUGCCUGCUGGGCACCCUGCCCGCUGCCCGCCUCCUGGAGGCAGCCCUGGAAGCCUCGGCCACGCCCAGCUCGGGCGCGGCCCGACCCGCUGUCACUGCCGCACGGAGCUCCCGCGACGGAGACCGCGGGGCCGCUGCUGACGGCCUGGGGGGUCCCGGCGGGGCCGUCCUCCGAAUUCCCCGGAGAUAG